AAUAAUUAAUAGAUAAAAUUGGCGGCUGCGACGGUUGAAUUCUAGAUACUUAAAAUAUUGAUCCUUGUUUUCUAGAGUACAUAAUUUUUGCUACACCUCAGAAAGGUGAUUGCGGUUGAUUAACAAUACCAAGCUGAAUUACCUUUGUAUCUAUAGGUUGAGUUGACAUUGAUUGUGGAAAAUGGACUAUGUAAAGAGAAUAUCACGCAUCAAGCCCGAAGUCUCAAGUCUUAAGGAAACCUAUCCACAUGAUCUACAAUUAUAUUGUACACCACCUUCUGGUGAUAUUAGCUUGGCUGAGUUUCAAGAACUGGCACUCGAAAGAUUAAAAGUUCUGCGGAUAGUUGAGUCUGUAUAUGUGCAAACUGAUAUAGAGUCAGAUAAGCGUCUAUCAACAGUAUUGAGCGAAUUGAGAGAUGACAAUAGUUUGUCAUACUACGUUAAACUUCUUCAGGGCACUGGAUGCGGUACUCACAGUGAAUCAGAUUUGAAAGCUAGAAGAAAGGAUCAUAUUUCCCACUUCAUAUUACAGCUGGCAUACUGUUCAAGUGAUGAGUUGAAAAAAUGGUUCAUCAGUAGAGAAAUUGAACUGUUCAAGUUAAGAUACAGUAGCUUAAAUUCUGAGGGUCUGCAGCAAUUCUUAAAAAUAAGUAGUAUGAACUUUGUGCCUAUAUCACAGAAUGAAAAAGAAGUAAUAAAAGAAUACCUCACUCAAUCAACAGUUGGAUACACAGAUACUUAUAUAGAGGUUCACGAUUUUUAUAAGGUAUCAUUUUGCAAGGUGACCGACUUAGUCAGAAACAGAAGAGUUUACGUCCACUCCGGCUUUGCUUAUAUCCCUGACAAAGAGCUCAUAUCUGUAUUUGUAACAGUUUUGAGGAUGCAGUUAGCUUCAGCGUUGGCAUACACCAAACGUGGAAUGCCAAUUUUAAAUACAGAUGAUAGACUUUUCACUUUAUUGAACAGUCUUCACAAUACUUAUACUGGUGACGACUUUACCAUUUCAGAUGGUGCAGCUGUUCCCAUUGAAAGUUUAGAUGCGCUUUCAAAGUCCUCGUAUCCUCUUUGUAUGAGGUUCAUGCACGACGCACUGAGGGCGAAACAUCAUUUGAAACAUGAAGGUCGGCAGCAGUAUGGUCUAUUCAUCAAAGGAAUUGGUGUGUUAUACGAAGACGCAGUUCGUUUCUGGCGUGAAGAAUUUUGUAAAAAAAUGGAACCUGAGAAGUUUGAGAAGAACCACUUAUACAAUAUAAAACACAACUAUGGGAAGGCAGGGAAGCGAACAAAUUACACCCCUUACGGUUGUCUGAAAAUCAUCCAGUCUAAUGUUGGCCCUGAACAAAUCCAUGGUUGCGCAUUCAAAGAGACGGACAUAAAGAUUCUCAAGCAAAAAAUGUUGAGCUAUGGUCUAAAUUCAACUGCUAUUAACAAUAUAGCAGGAUAUGUUGAAAGUGGCCAUUACCAAAUAGCUUGUGGAAAGUAUUUUGAGGCUGUGCACAAAUGCCCACCACCACACGCGGUAGUACAUCCAAACGUCUACUUUAGAGACAGCCAAAGUGUACUGACAAAUGGAAACUCAUCAAUUGGAACAGGACAGUCAAUGAAUGGUGAAAAGAACGAAGGGAAACAAACAAAACCUGAUCCAGUGAUGGAUGAUGCAGAUGACAUGGAUAUUGUACUGAGUACGGCCGUAUUAUAAUCAUCAAGCGAUAUUUCUUAUUAAUAUAUAUAUAUUAUAAUUAUUUUUUUUUUACAACAAAUAUAAAUAGAUAUCUUUCAAAAAUUAUA